AUGUUGUUGCUACUGAGUUCGCUGGUAGCGCUGUGGUCUGUCGCAGCAGAGCAGUGUGGUGGCGUACUCACCGAUCCAACCGGUGUCAUUCAAACUCCAAGUUUUCCUGAAGCCUUCCCGGUACCUAUAAGAUGCCAUUGGCUGAUCGAUUCCUCCGCGCUCCCUGAAGACGAAGUUCAAAUCGUGGUUUACUUGACACAACUCUUCGUCACCACCGGCCUCACCUUCACGGAGUACGCCUUCUACGACCCGGAAGAUCCGAGUCUUCAGAGGAACCCCUCUCUUCUGCUGUCCGUCACCGAACAGAACUCCAUCACCACAAGAUGGCUCUUUACCAACUCCAGGUUCCUGGUCAUCGAGCUGGAACUGGACCGGCUGGAGGGUAACCACGUCCGAGUCCUUGACCAUCUCCUCGAUGUCUUCGGCUUCAACAUCACCUACGAGAUGGUCACCGAGCCGGUCAGGAACGACAGCUGUUCUCUCACCGACUGCUCUUUCGCUGGGAAUUGCUACAUCAAUUCCGACUACACGUGA